AUGAGAGAAAUUGUACACGUGCAAGGAGGACAAUGUGGGAAUCAAAUUGGAGCUAAAUUUUGGGAAGUAAUCUCAGAUGAGCACGGAAUCGACCCUACAGGAACUUACCACGGCGACUCAGACUUACAACUUGAAAGAAUCAACGUUUACUACAAUGAAGCUACUGGAGGACGUUAUGUCCCGAGAGCAAUUCUAAUGGACCUAGAGCCAGGGACGAUGGACUCUGUAAGAGCUGGUCCAUUUGGCCAACUGUUCAGACCUGAUAACUUCAUUUUUGGACAAUCUGGGGCUGGCAAUAAUUGAGCAAAAGGUCACUACACUGAAGGUGCUGAACUUAUCGACACAGUAUUAGAUGUUGUCAGAAAAGAAGCAGAAGGAUGUGACUGUUUACAAGGAUUCCAAAUUACUCAUUCAUUAGGAGGCGGCACUGGGUCUGGCAUGGGAAUAAUGACUAAUUUUUUUAUUUUUUUAUAAUGUUGUUAAUGCUAAUGUGCUGGAUAUUUAAAGUCUCUACUUCCAGAAGCGUUCUGGUACAAGUGAAUUUGGUGGACUUCCACCUCUGGUUCCUUUGAGCCCAGACCCCAACCCCUGGCUUCUCGGUAAUGGGUUGCCCUAUUUGUGUCCGCAGAUCCUUGCUGGGCACCAUCAUUUCCAACUCAGUCCCUUCGCCCUUCUAAAACCAACUGUACCUACCCUGGCCGGUGUCAUCUUUUUAUAAGACCCUUUAAAUCGGAGGGACGGCCUUGUAUGCGAGUCUAGCCUGCCUCCCCUUUUACCAGAUCAUCCAUCUGAAUAAAAAAACUCAACCACUUCCGUGAUUCGGGGCAAGCCAUCAAUAGCAGCCUGAGCAAGAAAAUCACCCUGCUCCAUUUCGGCAUCCACUGGCUAGGGCGCCGCUGGAAAAAGGAUUCACGAUUAACUGCCCAAGGAUCAGGCGACAAAUCAGCGGAUCUGCGCUUGUGCCCAUCGCUCUAGGCUCCUGAUGCUGCUGGGCCAUACCAUUCUUCCUGAAAACCAUGCCCGGAUAUGCAUGGGUUACCGUCACACAAGAGGACGGUUCGGACGUCAUCCGCCAUUUUAUGUAUAUAUUUUAUUAUAAUAAAAAUAAUUUAUUUUGAAAAAAUUGGCAUGGGAACUUUAUUAAUUUCAAAAGUAAGAGAAGAGUAUCCUGACAGAAUCAUGGAAACAUUUUCAGUAUUCCCAAGUCCUAAAGUUUCAGACACAGUCGUGGAGCCAUAUAAUGCAACUUUAUCCGUUCAUCAACUUGUCGAAAACUCAGAUGAAGUUAUGGUCAUUGACAACGAAGCCUUAUACGACAUUUGUUUCAGAACUUUGAAAUUAACCACACCAACAUAUGGAGAUUUAAACCACUUAGUCAGUGCUUCUAUGAGUGGAGUUACUUGCUCAAUCAGAUUCCCUGGACAAUUAAACGCUGACUUAAGAAAAAUCGCAGUCAAUCUAAUCCCGUUCCCAAGACUUCACUUCUUUAUGAUAGGAUUUUCCCCUUUAACCUCAAGAGGGUCUCAGCAAUAUAGAAAUUUAACAGUCCCAGAACUCACCCAACAAAUGUUUGACGCUAAAAAUAUGAUGUGUGCCAGUGAUCCUAGACAUGGCAGAUACCUUACUGCAGCUGCUCUAUUUAGAGGAAGAAUGUCUUACUUACUUAAAUUUAUGCAUUUAGCAUCCCCUACGGGGUUGGCAUACCCAGACCUUCCGCUCACUCUUCCAUGCAUCGAGCCCGCAGGCCUCUGGGGUGACCUGUCUUGAUCUCCAGGGCACGCUUGAGGCAAGUGUUUCCUGCUUCCCACGGUUCAUGGACGAGCUACAGUCUUCUGUGAUGUGAGUUGCUUGCGUGGAAAAUCCGAAAAAUGGAUUUUCUGGCUGAUUGUCAGCAAAAAGGAAAAUCACAUAGCCUGGGAUAUAACGCUCAGUUCCAGGCUAGGGAGUUGAAAGAUAGGCCUACUAGGCUUUGCUGGGCUUCCCCUUUCUAACUGCUAUGCCCUUUCCUUCCCCACGAGGUAAAAUCCACCCUUGAAUUCGAUCUUGUGCUAGGCUCUGCCUCCUUGCAGAAUUGCUUACCUAUCAUCGCUGUUCAUGUCCUGAAUGCAAAAAGCUUGCCGACAUAAUUAAAAUAUGUGCCGAUGCUGCAUAGCCGAGGGGGUCAUGCCCUGGCUGAGACACCAUAUUUUAAUUAUUAGAAGAAGAAUGUCAACUAAAGAAGUUGAUGAGCAAAUGCUCAACGUCCAAAACAAGAACUCUAGCUACUUUGUUGAAUGGAUUCCAAACAAUAUGAAAUCAUCUGUCUGUGAUAUCCCACCUAAAGGACUUAAGAUGUCAGUUACCUUUAUAGGAAACUCAACUGCCAUCCAGGAAAUGUUCAAAAGAGUAGCUGAACAGUUCACGGCUAUGUUCAGAAGAAAAGCAUUCUUACAUUGGUACACUGGAGAAGGUAUGGAUGAAAUGGAGUUUACUGAAGCAGAAAGCAAUAUGAACGAUCUUGUGAGUGAAUAUCAGCAAUACCAAGAUGCAACUGCUGAGGAAGAAGGCGAGUUUGAUGAGGAAGAAGAAGCCGCUUAA